GUAUAUCCAAUGGCUGAUAGAAGGUCAAUAUGCUAGAUCUUUACUUAACGUGGGUAAAAAUUUUCUCCAGCGCAAGUUAAAAAAAUUAUCAGAAGCAAAAUCAACUAAACCUCAUCUACAAACUUCUAUUCAU